CAAUGGCCCGCUAUGAGGAAGUACCCGUGAUGGGCUUCGAGGAAUUCAACCAGGCCGUAGAGCAGCACAAUGGCAAGACCAUUUUCGCCUACUUUACGGGUUCUAAGGACGCCGAAGGGAAAAGUUGGUGCCCUGACUGUGUGCAAGCUGAACCAGUCGUUCGAGAGGGUCUGAAGCAUAUUCAUGAAGGAUGUGUUUUCAUCUACUGCCAAGUAGGAGAAAAGCCUUACUGGAAAGAUCCCAACAAUGACUUCAGAAAAAAGCUGAAAGUAACCGCAGUGCCUACACUACUUAAAUAUGGAACACCUCAAAAACUGGUGGAAUCUGAGUGUCUUCAGGCCAGCCUUGUGGAAAUGAUGUUCUCUGAAGAGUAAGAUAUAGUAAUGACAAUGGUAUCUUAAUCU